GCCGGCAGCGGCGGGGGAGCCGGCAGCGGCCCCGGGCCCUAUGGUGCCGGGCGGGACCCGGAGCCCGCUCCCCGCCUUCCACCGGGGCCCGCGGGGCGCCUGCGAGCGGGCACCAGGCGGGCAUGAGGACCCUGCCCGUCCUCCUGCUCUCGCUCUGCUGGAGCCUGGUGAAUGGUGUCCAUCCAGAAUGCAGAUUUCAGCUGGAGAUUCACAAAGAGGAAACCAGGUGCAUGGAACUUCUAAAGAAUGCAAAGCCAGUGGACUACAAGGGUUGUGUUGGAAUUUGGGAUAAUAUCACCUGUUGGCGUCCUGCGAAGAUUGGAGAGACUGUCACUGUCCCUUGUCCAAAAGUAUUUAGCCUUUUUUCUGGAAAACCAGGAAACAUUAGCAAAAAUUGUACGAGCAAUGGAUGGUCGGAUAUAUUUCCUGACAUCUUAAGUACGUGUGGAUAUAAUGACUACGAAGACGAUUAUAAGGUCAACUUCUAUGUAAGGGUGAAAGCAAUUUAUACCCUUGGACACAGCGUAUCUCUGAUUGCUCUUACAACAGGAAGCAUAAUUCUUUGCCUUUUCAGAAAACUUCAUUGUACUCGGAAUUACAUCCAUCUGAACCUGUUCCUCUCUUUCAUUCUAAGAGCAAUCUCUGUUCUAGUCAAGGAUGAUAUUCUCUAUUCCAGCUCCAACACGGCUCACUGUCCAGAGGAUCAAACCUCAUGGGUGGGCUGCAAGGCAAUUCUGGUGUUUUUUCAGUAUGGUGUUAUGGCAAACUUUUACUGGCUCUUAGUGGAAGGACUUUACCUCCACAUCCUCCUUGUACUGAUAUUCUCCCCCAACAGACACUUCACGAUCUACCUGCUGAUAGGAUGGGGAAUCCCUACAAUAUUCAUUAUCACAUGGACAGUGACACGGAUCAUUCUAGAGGACACUGGCUGCUGGGAUACAAAUGAGCAUGGUGGUCCCUGGUGGGUUAUACGAAUACCAAUUUUAAUUUCUAUUAUAGUGAAUUUUAUACUUUUCAUUAGCAUUAUAAGAAUCUUACUGCAGAAGUUAAGAUCUCCAGAUGUUGGAGGAAAUGACCAGUCACAGUACAAGAGACUUGCAAAAUCCACGUUGCUGCUUAUUCCUUUAUUUGGAGUUCACUACACAGUGUUUGCUCUGUUUCCUGACCGCAGUUCCAACAAUUAUAUAAUAAUCUUUGAGUUGUGUUUGGGAUCUUUUCAGGGGCUGAUUGUUGCAGUCCUGUAUUGUUUUUUGAACAGUGAAGUGCAGGGGGAGCUGAAAAGAAAGUGGCGGAGUCUGUGCUGGAAGCAGACAGCAGGCAGAGAUUACAGACUCCACAGCUCCUCCAUUUCCCGAAAUGGGUCAGAAAGUGUUUCCCAGCUCCACAGGAAUUCAAGAGCUCACUCAUUUAUGCAGACAGAGACCACCAUGAUAUAAAUGAGCUGGGUCCUCAAAAUAAUGAAAAACUGUGGGAUAUAUCAUUCAUUAUGCAGCUUGAUGUGACAUUUUAUAAUGUGUACAGUUUAGUGCUUUGCUUUUCUACCUGUUGGUAUUUGGGGAAUUGGUUUGUGCAGCCAACCUAUUAAUAACAGAGAAGCCUGCUCCAUGGAUAAUUUCUUUUGUUCAAAUGGUAUUCAUAUUAAUUCUGAUGUUCUCUUGCAGUUUAUUAGCUGUAACAAUUCAAAAAUUCAUUUUCCAUAAAGGUCCCUUUACCUUCCAAAAUGGCUACAAGAUCCAUGCAGGGUAUCCUCAAUGCAGAUUUCUUUGGCACAUGUAAGGGUUAAGAUGGGAAGCAAGAAAAUCUCUUACACUUUAUUUAUACUUAAUGAGACAUUGCCUUAAGGAUUAGGAAAUUCUUUUCUAAUUAUGGAAAAUAAAAAAUAAAACAAAACGAAGACCAUAAUUAACCACACUGGGAGUUCAGUGUGCUAAUCCAAGAAAUCAUUAACAUGAUUUACACAGAGGGAAAAAGGUAGUAUUUUUAGGCUAAUGGUGUAAAUUUCAGAGGUUACUUUCUACAGAGUUUGAUUCCAAUCCUGUUAUUACUUUCAAAAGUGCCUGGUUUUAUGUUUGGUGCAGAGUGUAUGGCUACCUUUACAGGCCAUACAGAGAAAACUACUAUAUUACUUUUGAAUAUAGUAGUUCUCAGUUGUUCUCUUCUGUUUAAAGUCAGAGAUUUGUGAUUUUUCAUGAAGGAAUUUUCUGUAGAGGUAUGUUCUAUUGCUAAAGCAGCCUGGCAUAGGAUAAACAGCCUUGGAUAGCUCAUUACACAUUGAAAACACCAUUUUUUUACAGUAUUAUCAUUGAAAUCUGUCUCUAUCAACUACAUAUUUGAUUGCAAAACACAAA